UGCGUAGGCUGGGGGGGCAUUGGCUAAAACAGCUUUGGGGGUGACAAAAAGGAGGCACAGGGGGAGCCAGGUGAGAUGCUCAGGCAGGUACCAAUGAUUCAAAGAAACCUUUGAACAAUCUGAAAAGCACUUUUAUUACGGCCGGGGAAUGCAAAGGGGCAGGUGUUUUUCCCCAGUGCACUCCGCUGAGCAAAGAAAUACCAUAGCUUUUUAUACAGUUUGAAAGUAGCAAGUUUAAAAUUAUCUAUACGCACACUCUUUUUGCAGUCUGCCUUAUCUAAAUAGACACUUAGUUUUACCUCUUAUUCUUACCAUUACAGAGUAGUUACAUAAAGUUUUAUAAUUUCAAAGAGUUUCAGGUUCCCCACCCCUCUCUACGUGCUAAAAAGCCUUCCCUAUUCUCUAAGCCAUUUUAUCUUAAUUGCCCACAGUUUGGGCAGAAACUUUUAAGCAGUUUUACAUUUUGCAAAGUCACACUUACAUAGCUAAAUAGCUAAAUUUUGUUUCAUUUUCUAUUUCACCACCCCCCAUGUGGUUGUGCCAAGCCCUUGGAUGCCCAUUUCUGCUGGCAGGGUGGCAGCAAGGGCCGAAAACAGCCCUUUAGUGGCAUUCCCUGCUCCCCUCCCUGCCGUACUCCUGACGUCUGGAUUGGGGUGACUCCUCCCGCGUUUCCUCAGGAAGAAACCCAAGGCUGGAGGGAGGAAGAGGCCGCACCACGGGAGGGACGGGACAGACGGACGCCAGCGUGGGGCUGGGGAGCCACCAGGACUUGGGGCCCUGGUGGUGAUGGGGAGCGUCCAGCCCAUCCUCUGCCUCCAGCUGUGGCUGUGGGUGCACAGCUCUGCCCAGGAGCUCGACCCCGAUGGCAGGAACGUCUGCAGGUUCCCCACUGGCCUGGAGUGCUGCCCUGGCUGGAAGCAGGAUGGGCGGGAGUGCACAGUUGCACUGUGCGAGGGGAAGGACGCCUGUGGGGAGGACGAGGUUUGUGUGAAACCCGGGGUCUGCCGCUGCAAACCCGGCUUCUUCGGAGCAGACUGCAGUUCCCGCUGCCCCGAGCAGUACUGGGGCCCCGACUGCAAACAGAGCUGCCCGUGCCACCCCAACGGGCGCUGCGACCCGGUGAGCGGGCACUGCACCUGCGACCCCAACCACUGGGGACAGGUCUGCCAGUUCCCCUGCCAGUGUGGCCCCCACGGCCGCUGCGACCCCCUGACGGGUGCCUGCCACUGUGAGCCGGGCUGGUGGGCACCCAACUGCAAGAAGCAAUGUCAGUGCAACCUCGCCAGCUCCCACUGCGACCCUCUGACCGGCCUCUGCCGCUGCCUGCCGGGCUGGUGGGGCAGGAGGUGCAGCUUCAAGUGCUCCUGCUACCACUCUCCCUGCACCCAGGAGACGGGCAAGUGCGAGUGCAAGGCCGGGUUUUGGGGGCCGGCGUGCCAGCGGCGCUGUGACUGCGUGCACGGCUCCUGCAGCCCCGUCACCGGCCACUGCACCUGCGACCCCGGCUACCAGGGCAGGAGCUGCCGGGAGCCCUGUCCGGCGGGGAAAUACGGGUCUCAGUGCGUGCACAGCUGUGGGAGCUGCAAGCGCAGCCAGCCCUGCUCACCCGUGGAUGGCUUCUGCCUGGCCUGCCAGCCUGGUUGGAACGGGACUCUCUGCAAGGAUCCCUGCGCUCCCGGCUUCCAUGGCGAGAGCUGCCUCCAGCUAUGUCCCCGCUGCCAGCGCGGGGAGCCCUGUGACCCUGAGACUGGAUCCUGCCUGCACUGUGAUCCUGGCUGGACAGGACCCAGCUGCAACAACUCCUGCCCCACAGGCACCUUCGGCGAUGGGUGCCAGCUCCUCUGCCCCGAGUGUGUUGCAGGGAGCUGUGAUCCUGUGACAGGAGUUUGCAUCUGCCAGGCAGGCUACUGGGGAGACAGCUGCAACGACACCUGUCCAGAGGGAUAUUUUGGAGUGAAUUGUUCUGAGCCCUGCCAGUGCUCCCGGGGGACCUGUGACCCUGUAAAGGGUGACUGUGUGCUGAGUUUGAAGGACCACGGAGCCCUUGCAGCCGCCAUCCUUGUCCCUCUCCUGCUGCUGCUGCUCUGCGUUGCCUGCUGUUGCUGUGGAGCCAGCCCAGCAGAUGCUAGAGACAGGGCGGCUGUGCCGGACGACGAUGUCGUGGCCAGGAUGAAGCACCACGUGCAGGGGGUGCUGGCGAACCUCAGUGCUAUGAUGCCCUGCUUCAACCUGGGAAGCUCUAAACUCCCCAAAGUCACAGUGUCCCACCAUGACACGGAAAUCCCCUUCAACCCCAGCUUCAUCGAGUCGCCGUCGGCUGCGUGGGUGUCAGACAGCUCCUUCUCCUCCUUCGACACCGACAACGAGGGACCCGAGUACUCUGUCCCUCCCAGAGAAGGCAUCCCGCUGCUGGGGGGGACUGAGCUGCAGGAUGGGACAUCCCCCCCUGGUGAGGUGCUCCCGGACCCGUCCGCCUUCGACUCCGAGGAUGUGUCCCAGCCCUUCGCCAUCCCUCGCACCUCCAGCAUCGCCAAGGCCAAGCGACCCUCCGUGUCCUUUGCCGAGGGGACAAAAUUUGGGGCAGUGGAGACCCCCAGCCCCAGUUGGAAGCCCAAGACCCCAUGGGGCCCAUCCAAGCUGACCCAAACAGCAGGGGAUGUGGCAGCGGAGCCCCAGAGCGAGCGACCAGCCAGUGAUUGCUACGAGAACCCCGAGCCCCUCAGCAAGGGGGAGGAAAACCACCGGCCAUCGCCACGGGCCACCCCGGGGGGACGCAGGAGGGUGGUCUCCAGCACCAGGCACGUGGCCCAGAGAGUGGAGGCACUGGAAGCAGCUGCAAAAUCUGGCAGCUGGGAGGCGAAGGGGAAAGAGCCCAAUGUCACUACCAUCUACAUGAUGGUGGGAACGGCUGGGCAGGACCCCAAGGCAGAAGGAGGUGGUGAGGGACCGGUCCAGGCUGUGCUGAAGCGUCUGGGCAGCUUGCAGAGGGGCAAGUGGGCUGCCAAGGAGGAGCCCAAGGUGAGGAGGAGCAUGGAGGCCAUCCAGAAACCACCCCGCCGGGCCCUGGCGCAGCGCAGAGACUCGGUGAACAGCUGCAAGCAGAGGGAGAGUGUCCCAGGGGCUCCUGCUGAGCCAUCCCCCAGCAAGCACCAGCAUCCCCCUGCUAAGAGACUGUCCCUCCUUCUUGCAGCUCUCUCAUCAAAAAGCACCGGAGCCCAGGAUGGGGCCAGUGAAGCUGUGGGUGCCACUGAGAGGGGCAAAAGCCCUGAGUUAGUUGUCAGCCUCGAAACAAAGGGACAGGCUGCCAUGGAGGAAGAACCCAAAUACGAGAAUGUGACCAGCAGUGGUGCCAAUUCCCCCUCCAGCCCUGGCAAGGAGCUGCUGACCACCCCUGCAGCCACCUGAGCCACCACUGCCCGGGCUGGGACAGUGGGAGCCCAGGGGAUGCCUCCAACCCCAUCUUGGGGGGAGCCGAGAUCCCUCUACGAGCUGUGAACUGGAGAAGCAUUGAGCCUUUCCCUGACCCCCUCUCUUCCCUCCGUGCUGUGUUGCUGGACCCUCGCUGGCUGGCACAGCCGGUGAGAUGGGUGAUGCCAAGAGCCACAGCGGUGGCAGCCUGUGGGAUUGUGGUGCUUCAGAGCUGCUUUCCUGCUCUCCCCUGCCUUACCUGCCACAUCUGUGUCUGCAAAGCCUGGGGGCACAGCGAUGCUCUGGGUGUGAUGGUGACACCUUCAAGUCCCUGUUGGCAGUGGGCCUGGGGACAUACAUCCUCUUAAACAGGAGCAGGGCGGCUGGAGGCUCAGCUGGGAAAUGCACAGGCAAGAAAGAGUUUCACCCCAUCGGCUUUUGCUUUUCCCUGUCCCAAUUCCAGUGAUGCUGCUCGGAGCCUCCUGCUAUAAAGGUGCUUCUCGCUGAAGGGGAUUAUUUUGUGGAGCUGGGCUGAGGAGAGAUGAUGGGCUUCAGAGAAAAUUAAUUUUAGCUGCUUAUCUCAAAGGGUAUCUGGGUCUGCAGGGGUUUAUCUGUGUGGCUUCUGUGGCAGGCCCUGGCUGCCUUUGCUUCCACGUACUUGUGUAGCCCAUGGAAAGGCUUGUGGCACAGCAUGGGGUGUUGCCACAGCCUUUUAAACUGCAUGCAAUACCAGGCUGCAGUUGUGCAAGAGCAAACGUGGCAGCUGGGCAGUGCCCAUCAACCUGUGCACCUGGCGCCGUGCUGGUCCUGAUAAGGAUGAAAGUUGCAUGGAAAACAGGAUUUCUACGGGUCCCCUGAGCUCCUGCCAUCUCCCACGCCACAUUCCUGCUGUAAAGGCGGUUGAGAUGUCAAAGAAGAUUUGCAGCCUGAUCUGGUUUUAGAUGUAUCUAAGUGGUAGAAGGUUUAUUGUAUAUUUUUCUGUUAUUUUGCGUGGCGUGAAAGCCUUGGAGUGAAAAUUAAAUGUUACCAAACCCCUUCAGGA